CCUUCUGAAAGAAGUGGAGUAGUUGUGUGUGCAGAAUAUAUUGUUGGGCAAAUCAAAACAUUACUGUGAAUUGGAAUUAAAAAACUUGACCAAACUACUCAGCUCUGGUAUAGAAAUUCUUUUUCUGGAUUUAAGACCUAAGCCUGCUGCCAGUGCUGUCCUUUACAGCAGGAGAGUCUUUGCCGUGGAAAACAGCCUUUUUUCAACAUGUGUAGAGAAACUGCAGCUUAUGGGAUAUUUGGCCAGGUCAGGUAGCACUUUUAGUCUUCCACAACUACCAAUAGGUUAGACAGAUUGGAUUCAAAGAAGGAUGGGUGGGAUUUCCAGCUUUAGGCAUUACAGAGGAGGGAGGCAGAAAUGUAAUGAGCAAAGUGAACUGUAACAGGUCUGUAGGCCUGUGAUCACAAUCAUAUAGUUGGGUUUUGCUGAUCAGAAGGUAGUAAGUCCUGAGUUUGAUACAAGAUGCCCAAAAACACAUAAUCAUCUCUUCUCUCCCCUGUCACUUGUUUCUGUUGUACCAGACUGCCAAGGUACAAAGCCUUUUUCUGGGAGGUCCAACCCCAAAAAACACAUGGCUGCAAUUUGUCAGUCUUUGUAUCAAAACUGCUAUUUUCACAUUCAUUUGGUCUCACCCAACCCAGCGCUGACUGCUCAGAGCAGCAGGUGUUGCCUGUUUUGAGCCUGUGCUGUGCAAUUGCCUUUGCUACUUCCACUCCUUUCCCCAGCAGCACAGUAAACUGACGUGUGAGAAGAAGCUAUGGCAUCAAAGGAGUCGGCCUCCUUCGUGGACAGAACUACCUGGGAUUUCCUCAACCUACUGGACAUGCUGGGGAGCCGGAAUGGACGGGUGGGUGUGAUGGAGGUGGACCAUGCUGAGUCAAGAGCUCCCUCAUUGCUGGUGGAUUUUACCCGGGACCUAUGUGGCACAGGGGACAUCAAGCACAAACCACAGCAGGCAGAGAAUGAGGGAAAGGAAGAGGAGGACCUGGUUCCCCCACAUCUGAUAUUUAUGCUAUGGCAAGCCAGUGUGUUGAAAAGGCUCAUGCAGUGGGAUCACCUGGAGGAAGCUGUCCGGGAUGUGAGGAGCCUCCUCCCCUGCCUGCCGGAUGUGCUGGUGCUUGUGAUGAUCCGUCCUGACUCCCAGGAGCAGCUGGACCAGGCAGUGAAAGCACUGAGGAGAAUGCAGUGUGUGCUGGAUGGGGCCUUGCAACUGACUGUAGAGACUGCAAUUUACAGCCCAGGCCAGCCUGGAGGUGUCCUGGAGGCAAAGAGAGCUGCCUGUAGGGCACUGAGAGAAGCCUUGAACUGCCAUGAAGAAGUCGACUCCCAGGAGCCAUUUGUUAUUUCACUCCCGGAGCUCAGAUACUGCCGAGUUCUGCCUGAACGUAGGCAAGAGAAGAUAUCAAAGACAGAUGGAGAAUGAAUUCCCUUGGGCAGCCGAAUCUGUCAGGUUGGUUUUAGUACUGUCCUGCUGGAUGUCCCUUUGCAGAACACUUCCUUCCUGCUGACUUGCUUGUCUGCCCAGACCUUCUGCAUGUAUGAGAUUCAGUGUGUGGCUGCUGCCAGAAGGGGACAGUGCACCCUCAGCAUUACACUGUCCUUGCCACAAAGCUCAGAGUUCUUUGCCGCGUUGGCUGAACAAUCUGCCCCGGGAAACUUUUAUAAAAAAUUAUUGGGUUUCUGCUUUGCAUUAAAUGCCUUGAUUAUCAAAAUGUCCCUAAGAAACCUGUCCCUAAGAAAGCUGUCAGUAGAGAGGGAAUCAGAACAGGCCAGAAGCCUCUAGAUUUGAAACUGUCCCGAAACUGAAAUAGUGAGAGAAACUCAAGACUAAGGCCUCAGACCAUGUUUUCCUAGUAGAACCUGGAUGGAGGAGUCUUUGGUACAUGGUUCUCAUCAGGAACAAAGCUCCUGAAACCCUCCCAGGUUCUUUGUCCAGGGAGUUUACCUUACAUACAACCAUGUACACAUCCAGCAGAUUUUCUGGAACGGGUUAUUUUGGAUGGGAGGAACUGUGGGAGCAGUAGAAUAUUUUUAAGUCCAAUUACCCACAUAAUAGCUGAACUCAUUUCCCAUCCUCUGGGCAUGGCAAAGCACUUUAGGUAGCUGCACUUUUUUUGCAUUGGGAGUUUAUAUAUAUUUUUUCUCUGGUGUUUUUUGUAGAUCUUUUGUCAUCCUAAGAUCUUCAUUAUCAUCAAAAAAAGGAUUAAACACCUGAUAUUUAUCUCA